AUGGUGGGCAGCUUUGUAUCCAUCAGCUCACUGCCACCAUCGCUCAUGCCCUUCAGAGAGAUAUUGGAUCGGAUAGUCUCACUGAUGCUCAAGAAUGUGAUUCCCCAUCUUUUCCCGCUUCAAUUUGCGCUGUUCCAAGAGCGCUUCUACGUUGGCUCGCGCUCCGGCAGCUACAGGUUCUGGGAGUCAGUGCACCUGUUCGCUGCAGCAGAGCCUUGCGUCGCUUUGCAGCCGCAACGCCGGCCUUUGAUUGACAAGAUGCCCUUGCAGCUCGCUGACAGAGAUCCCUUAAAGGGCACGUGCAGAUAUCUACAGAUCUUCUAUGGAGACAUGGAGCUGAAGCGAAUGAUCGAGGAGACCAAGAAGGAGGUUCGGGAGAUCCGCUCAGUGGAGUCAAAAGCCAAGUGGCAGAUGACGCGCGAGGAGCGUCGGGAGAAGUUGGCCGAGACGGUGGCCGCCCAAAGUGAGCUGCGCGAGUGGCGGUGGAAGCAGGCCCAAGGCUUGAAGGAGCUGGCGGCACAGCAAGUGCAGGCUGCUCGAGCCCUGGACCUGAAGGAAUCGAAAGAGUUCGUGGAGUUUAAGCGCGAGGCGAAGCUGAGGACGAAAGAGGUGGAGCUGCAACACCAGCAGGAAGUCUACGUCACCCGCAAGGCGGAUUCGGCUUGGCAGGUGGAGCAGGCUAAAGCCAACGUGGAGAAGGAGCAGGCCCUCAUUCUCGAAAAGGUGGAAGACGUUCACCAUCUUCGGCAGGAGAGGCGCUUGUCAUCCGAGACUGCCAAAGCGGCGGCGGCCGAGGAGCGCGCUCUGCAAGAGCACCUGCAGAUCGCGAACCUUGCCCGUGAGCUGGCCAAAGAGAAGGCCCCUGCAGCCGGCUACCACGCACAUGCCGUGGUGGACAAGUUACAGGGCGCAGUUGCGCUAGGCUUCGGGGUAUGGAGUUUCACAGUGAGUCGCUGCCUUGCUUGCCGACUGCGGCUCAGCGUAGAAGGCCGCUGCAACUUCGGCGACGCAUGCAGCUUCUCCCACGAGGUCGCCUUUAGCCCUCCCCCGGCGAUAAGGAUUCCGCAGUCGCAGCCACCGCCGCAGCCCGGGGAGCGCGACGUCUGCCGGCAUUUCCUGGAGGGGCGUUGCACCUACGGCGAUCUCUGCGCCUUCCGUCACCCCGCGCCUGCGCCUGCAGUCGACCCGUCCAUCUGCCGUCACUUCCUCGAAGGGAAGUGCAACUACGGCGAUGCCUGCCGUUUCAGCCAUGGAGGUCCGGCGCAGGUUCCGGUUGUGGUUACUACGGCGCCUUUGCCGCCGAAGCCGAAACCGAUGGUGCCUCCCACGGCCGUGGUGCCAGACGACAGGCCGUGCCGCCACUUCUUGGAAGGACGGUGCACCUUCGGGGAUGCCUGCCGCUUCUCCCACCAAGUCGAUGUCCAGCAGCUCGAGCCGCCUGGGGAGCCCACCGCGUUAGCGGACGACAGGUCCAUUUGCCGUCACUUCCUCGCCGGGAAGUGCAACUACGGUGACGCCUGCCGCUUCAGCCACGGAGAUGGGCUGGUGACCGGGCUGGCGGCGGAGCUUGCCCCUGCCGUCGAUGACAGGUUCGUCGGCAAGCCCUUCCAGGAGGGAGGGUCCAUCUGCCGGCACUUCUUAGAGGGCAAGUGCAACUAUGGCGAUGCCUGUCGCUUUCUGCACACAGGUGCCCCGCAAGCAGCGCAGCCGCAGUGGCCUGCGGCGAAGGUUCCGGAGACGUACGGUCCAGUGAGGACCGCGAGAUCAGUGCCAAUAGUUUCGCCCAUACUCGAAUCACGGGUUUGCCGGCACUUCCUGGCAGGGAAGUGCACUUAUGGGGAUCAGUGCACCUUCCUGCACCCUGGCAGCCCAGUCAUCAAGGAGGCGGUGACGCCGCCUUGGAAGUCGCCGCAAGGUCUCUUGGCUCCCGGGCAGCCGAGGCAAAUUUGCCGGCACUUUCUCGCCGGCCGCUGCAACUACGGCAGCAGUUGCAGCUUCAGUCACGACAUCGGCACUGGAGCAGCUGCGUAA